AUGGCUCCUUCACAAAAUCAAACUAUGGAAACUUUAGAAUAUACCCACAAGAAAUUUAACUGUGGUUACUCACACAAAAAAUUGGGCUUGCGUUUGAUGCGUCGCAACAGUCAAGAAGAAGAGGAGGAGUUGUCACAACAAUUCCCACAACCUGCUACUAACUCAUCCAACAACUGCUCUAAACCCAGACUCUUUCGUCCCUAUGAUUUGGAUAGCAGCAGCAAAACAAUAAAACAGAAAACUACUUCUACAACAACAACUCCUCAAGCUUCUCAAAAUCCAGCAACAACCACAACACCUAAUCACUAUAUGGAAUAUUAUGCUCUACAACCCACUGUGCAACAAUCUCAAGAACAAUAUGCUCUUAAAUUGCAAAGACAACGUGCUGCCCUCUAUAUGAAACAUGUUAUGCAAUUCUAUGAGAAUGGCAAUGGCUGGCCCUCGGUACAUCCUAAUGCUAUUAAUAAUCCUGCCUUCUAUCCUAAUUGCUAA